AUCAUGUCUCAUCUCAUGCUAGAAUGAAUGUAAUGGUCUGUUAGAAUUGUUCAGAAAAUUCCAGAACAGCCUACUUUAAAUGCAACAUUCUCAUUUGUGCAAUUGGAUGCAUUCAUGGAGAAAGAAAGGUAGUUAGAAAGAAAAAUAGUUUGUUUUCAGAAAGGUAGGUGAUAUUCCUUUUUUUUUUUUUUUGGCUGACCCACCUAUUUCAGUCAAUUGCGUAAGGAAAAGAAUAAUAUUUUUUUUCCUCAUAUGACAAAUACAGACAUUCCUGAGCUCCUCCUAACUAUAUGGAAACACCUGUAUGAAUUGCGAAAUUUAACAGGUCCUAGAGAGAAUAUAAAGCAGGAGAGAGACCUAAAGGGAACAACAGCAACAUAUUAGGUGCCUGUGUACAUCAUGAUCUGGAUCAUUAGCUUCUUGGCUUUGGUGUCUUCCACUCUGGGAUGUGGGGUGCGUCAGUUUAUGGUGCGUCAGCCGGCAGGUGAAAUUGCCAAAAGAUCUAUACGCAUUAAGGAUGAGCCAGUCCCAAGUAUUGUUGGGGGACAUAAUGCAGGUAUAAUUAAUGGAAAUGAGGCAACCCCUUGGCCCUGGCAGGUCUCUAUCCAGACAUCCAGAGGUGAGCACUUCUGUGGUGGUUCCCUGAUCAGCACAAACUGGGUCCUCACUGCUGCCCACUGUUCAGUUCAGACUGGAUAUCACUAUGUAGUCCUUGGACAGUAUGACCGUGGAUCUAAUGAACUUGUUCAAGUCAAGAAAAUUGCAAAGGUCAUCACACAUCCUAUCUACAACACACAGACUGAUUACAACGAUAUUGCACUACUGAAAUUGUCCAGUGCAGUAGAGAUGACUUCCCGUAUCUCUCCUAUAUGUCUGCCUAGCUCCUUAACUAACAUCCUUCCUGGGACUCGUUGUGUCACCACUGGCUGGGGCGUAACUGAAAAUGACUUGAAUCCUCGAUUCCUGCAGCAGGCCACUCUGCCGAUAGUGAGUCAGGCUCAGUGUAGGCGGUUUUGGGGUAAGAACACUAUCACAGAUGCCAUGAUCUGUGCUGGAGCCUCUGGAGCCUCGUCUUGCGAGGGUGAUUCUGGUGGUCCUCUGAUGUGUGAGAGUUCAGGUGUUUGGUAUCAAGUGGGCAUCGUUUCCUGGGGCCACAAAUCCUGCAGCACUGACCGUCCAGUCGCCUACACCCGUGUCUCUUACUUUCGAAAAUGGAUCGAUGAAAUCAUUCGAGUCAACUAAAGCACCAGCAUGUCUCAGUUUCAGGUUCUCCUGUAUCUGAACAUUCAGUCAUCAGUCCAGUGAUCAAACUUCAUAACACUGUUAUGCUACGUCUUGGAAUACUGAAAAUACCUCAUGACAUAAUGCCAACAGAAUUAUUAAAAGCACUUAAUAACUUUAUAUAUCAACAGUGUAUUCAUUUUAAUUAACCAGUGAUUAUGCUAAACUUAUGAAUGCACAUAUACUUGUGGCUGAAUAAAUAUUAAAUAAAGCAUUUUGGGUCUUCCUGGUAUGCCUUGACUUUUUGUGACAACAUACAAGCAUAAUAAUUUGGGUUCAGUAGAAGAAAUCAAACUGAGUGGCACCUUUUACCAAUUUGGAAUGACUUGGAUGUUUUUGAGUAGAUGUAUUACAUCAAUUCCCUAACCCUGCGCUAGGUUUUACAUUUAAAUUACAUAGUGCGUUAACUGAAUUUCUCAGGAUCAAAUCCAACUAAACCAGAAGAGCUUGUCUGUUCAUGCAGUUCUGUACAUUGCCAAUAUUGUUUUAAAAGCUAUUCGUCAUAUGCAUUG